AUGCCCCCUCCCACCUCUCCAGAGAAUAACUCACCUCAGAGAGGACUUACGCUUCCAGGGCUAUUUGAAGGGAUCCGUAACAACUCCAAUCUUCGGCACUUGGUGUCUCGUGACUUUUUCACUCGUAUGAACGAGGUGCUGGCCAACUUAUUGAACCAGUAUACUGAGGAGCAAAACCGCCAUAACCUGGUUAGUCUGUCCAUUCCGCCUGACCACUCUCCACCACCACCCCGUGAAUCAAGCAGCCGUCUGUCGGUCCAGCUACUGCCUGACUACUAUAGACAACCGGAUCAGAGUCACAUUCGGACCACUGCGCUUCCAGCCGAAAUACGGAAUCUCGCCUCCCCGGUUCGCUUUUUGGUGAUUCCUGACUUGGAAGCCGAUAUGGAUUUGGAUAUUGAUCUUGACGAGAACGCUCCAAGAGCUACUCUGUCCAAUGUGGGCUCUAGAGAGGGGAUUACUGAGCCUUCUACACGCUCGGAAACUUCGGUGCCUCCUUUCCAUUUAUUUCUAGGUUCUUCAAAUAACGACGAUGAUAAUACUAGUACAUCUAGCUGGAGCUCUGAGGACGAUGCAGAGUUCGAGGAGCCUUCAGAUCAAGAUAUCGAUGAAGAUAUUCAUGAUGCUUUUGAUGAAAGUGGAAGCGAGGAUGAUAGUAAUGAUGAUGACGAUAACAGCCCGCAGCAUAUCGAUAGAGCCCGAAUGGAAACAAGAUCUAAUCUUUUGGAUAGCAUGCAACUGGCUCAGCGUCUUCUUCUAUCUUCGGCUCGCCAAAACCCCACAAACCGUAAUACCCUUAUCAUAUCCCCUGAAUCGAGCCGUGUCACAGGUGGCGUGCCCUUGAGACGUCAAAAUGCUAUUAGAUUGAAACGCAGAGAAGCCACAUCUCCACAAAGGUCAUCUGAGGAAGUGGCCAAGACAUACCAUGAUGAAUUUGAAGAUGCAAUUAACAAAAUUCGGGCUUCUCCGCAUUACCCAGGCAAGUCUCCCAUUUUCAGCACAGGUACUCAGAUUUCUGGUAAGAAGAAACCAUUUCUUCGGCGCUGGGGUACCUUACGCCACCUGGCUCGUAAAUCAAGCCUAGAUUCUCAGAUGGAUAGAUUCCUCAGCCAAAGAAGAGCUGGCAAACUCUGGCCAGAACAACCAGCAUCUGAUCGUGAUCAAGUUACGUUAACCAAACGUCUGCAUUCCAAUGAUCCUUUACAGCAUUACCAGAAACGCCAUCGUCAUGACUCCAAACUGCAUUCUCGUCGUCAUAAUUCAGAAGACAUUGAUCCUCAGGAUGCACAAGACUCCGGCUUGCGCAGUAAGUUUUCCAAGCGCUUUACGUCAAAGCGUAAGCAUGCAACAGAAGAUGCAAGUAUGAGGAAGAAACGUAGAACUCAUGAUUACGUUCCAACAAAAGCACAGAUUCUCCAGAGUGACGUCUUUGGUGACCGUAUAGAUGAAAGGCAGCUUACAAGGGAUGAAAAGUACAAGAUUCUCAGCGGAUUGAAUUGUUCCUUCUUGAGCAGCGGAUCAAGCUUUUCGUUAGGUCCUAUUAUAGACUGCCAUUCGAAGCGUACAAGUGAUGUGCUCGAUAUGAACUUCUCGCAUGUUGAUAAUGAUAAGAAGACAAUGCAUGGGUACUUCAAUAUCAGCAAUGAGGGAUCAGAUGCAGAUGAUUUCCAUCUACUUUCCAACUUUAUUUCAUACCUUUGUGGAGGCAUCAGGUCUCAGUACAUGUUGAAUUGCACCAACAAAGUGAUCCAGUCUAAGGCAUCUCUCUUGAAUGAUGCAUUCAUGUUGGCUAUAUCAAAUAAUGGAUCGCGUAAGGCAAACGACUCUGGUGCUUUCCAAAAAUCUUUGAAGGUUCCUUUCCAUGGUGACAUAGUUGAUUUCGACAAGAAUGAUCUCCGUUUCUUGAAUCAGACCAAGCUCAAGUCUCAUAAAUCAAGUAUAAGUCUGUCUGUUCACCACUCCAGAAUCAGGAAUGAGCAAGUCAAGCUUCAGCUUCUUGAAUGGUUGCGUAUUCGUCCCUUUAGUAACUUCAGCGAGACAUUCUUCUUGAAUUAUGUCUAUUUCGUGGAGAAGCGGUUAAGGGACUUCGAUAGGUACACCAGACACGAGCAAGAGCUCACUUUGGAGUUUACCCACCAAUUCAAGGAACUGAUCUAUGAGGUCUCGAGAGAAUUCGAAUUUGUAACAGAUGCUAUUCCGAUGUACCGUGACAAGUUCCAGAAAGCCAUGUGGGAUAUCACUGAAAGAUUUGAACAUGAACCAAGGUACGAUCUUCCAAAAUCCUUCUUCUUACUCGAAUGGGAAUCCAAGUUAUGUGAAAAGCUCUGUGAGCACAUCACCUACGAAGACUCGUGUCUUUUCAAUGUUCAGUUGAAUUAUGUUCUAUUUAUUAUAAGAGUCGAUGUGUCUGAAACCUUGGACCAAGUGUUCCAUCGCUUUUUGGAGAAUGUGGAUGAGAGUGCCAAGGCUGGACUUUUAAACAAGUAUGAAAAGCUCAACAAGGAAACACUCCCUGCUGAAGCCAAAGAAGCAGUCUUUGUUUGUUCUGUCAACAGGAAAACUGGUCGUUUGGAAAUGCAAAAUACUAGACUGUACCUCGACUAUAAGUAUGCUGGAUCAUGCGAUGUUGGUGGAGGAAGAGAUUCAAGCUCUGGUAAUGGAGCAUAUUCUGAUAGUGACGACGAAGACUUGGGCCCAUUAAGAAGGUAUGCCCUGAACCUGAUGCAUUGGAAGUGCCUUGAGGACCCUUACCUCAUGCACACACCUACGAUGAUGUUUGGUAAAUGGAAACGAAGCGCUUCCGAUUCGUGUCUGUGCGGCGGAGGCCAUGCCCGUUCUGACUUUGCUUAA